UGUGAUAAAUGUGCCCAUGCACAAUGAGAAGGCUAGAUCAAAGGCCAUGUCGAUUGCUGUGAAUGUACCAGGAGUGGCGGCGGUGAGCAUCGACGAAAAUGACCAGCUUGUGGUGACCGGAGAAGGGGUAGAUUCCGUUUGUUUGGCAAAGUCUCUUCGGAAAAAGUUUUGCUUUGCUGAUAUUGUGAGCAUACAAGACGUUAAUCCGGCCAAUUCAAGUGGACCGUCUACACCGGAUUCAAGUCCUCCACGGCCAACUCAAGCGCAGUACUGCCCGCCGGUUUAUUAUGAAAGGGUCGUGUACGAUGCCUCUCCUCCUAAUUGCACCAUACUCUGAUUUGCUAGGUUUUCACUUCAUUUUUCCUUUACAAUUUUGGAGUUAUCAUUAUC